AUGCAGGAACGUUAUACUCCUUUCGUGCUUGCACAUAGACCACAGAUUCUCCCUCUUCUAGGAGAUGAAGAUAUCGCUGAGAUUCUUGAGGAGGAAUCCAGCGAUGGGGUUGUUUACCAGUACGAAGAGAUCAAGAGUCAACCAGUAGGCAUACGAGUCAUCCUAAAGCCUCAUCAACUCGAUGGAGUUUCUUUUCUUUUUUAUCUUCGAAAGAAUUCUGCCCACUGCAUCCUAGGAGAUGAGAUGGGCCUCGGUAAAACAUUACAAACACUAUCAUUCUUUCAACAUAUCAAGAACGUGGAAGGAGGUGGUCGCCGGCCCUUUCUCGUUGUAUGUCCGAUGAGUGUCCUCGCAAAUUGGCAGACGGAAAUAGAAAAUUGGACCACUCUCAAGGCAGUACAAUGGUAUGGCAAUGGUGAAAAAAGAAAAUGUACCGCACAGAUGGUCAAAGAUCAAGAUUUUGAUGUUGUCCUUACCACUUAUGAGACUGUGGUUGCAGAUCGUUUCAGACUCUCGCGUAUUGGGCUUUGGGAAUGUAUAGUGUUAGAUGAAGGCCAUCGAAUCAAGAAUUUCACGACAAAAUUGUCCACAAGUGUGAAAACUUUGAAGACUAGACAGCGAAUCAUUCUAACGGGUACGCCUAUUCAGAAUGAUCUCUCAGAAGUUUGGUCUAUGUGCAACUGGUUAUACCCGGAAAUUUUCGUUAAGGAGACGCAGCAACAUUGGAAGGAAGCUUUUUCACUUUCGAGCGGGAAAGUCGACUCUACAUUUCUCGAAAAUGUCAGGGAUUUCCUCAGAGUCAUCAUGCUUCGGCGAGUCAAGCAAUCAAAAUCACAAGGAUUAGGACUUCCAGUGAAGACAGAGGUAGUCCUACAUCUACCGCUAACUCAAGAGCAGAAGCGACUUUAUCUGGAAGUAAUCACCGGACAAAGUGAUUUUAUCAAGUUUUGUACCAAUGAAGAUAGCAGCCAUUUACCUCAGACACCACCACCGAGUCCGGGCAGUGAGGACUCUAUACACUCCCACUCCACGAAUCAGGACAUACGAGAGAAGGCAUCAAGCCGUUCCGUGACAAACGCGCUUAUGGAGCUUAGAAAAAUUUGUGUCCAUCCUCUGCUCGUUGACAACAUGGGCAUGGGAGAUGUCUUCGCUGAGCCAAUGCCCAGGGAAUUAGUGCAGAGUUCCUCCAAAUUCAUUGCACUCGAGAGACUCCUUUAUCACGAAGUUACCGAAAACAACAAGAAGAUGUUGAUAUUUUCAGGUUUCGAUUAUGCUUUGGAUUGCUGUGAGUCUCUUCUAAACGCCAUGAGCAUCCCCCAUCUUCGACUCGACGGCAGUACCCCCUACGCUAUCCGCAAAUAUAAUGUUCAUCGUUUUCAAAACCAAGAUCUACAUCGGGUCUUUGUCAUCGCAACCAGGGCUGGUGGAGAGGGAAUCACUCUCACUUCAGCUGAAGUUGUUGUUUUCAUGGAUUUGGAUUGGAACCCACAGAUUAUGGCCCAAGCGGAGGCAAGAGCCCACCGCAUCGGUCAGGAGAAGCCUGUGACUGUUGUGAAGAUGUGCACUCGAGGUACAGUUGAACAUCAGAUGAUAAACCGCGUGAACAAGAAGCUUUACUUAGCUUCAAGGGUUAUCCACGAUGCUGCAACUGCAAGUUCUGAAUUGUCCAUGGCGGAUUCUUUCCAAACGGAUGCCACAUUCAUUCGUCGGUUGAUAUCACACAGUCUUACCUCAGUAACUGUGGACCCAUUCAGGGCUGAUGAUUUGAAAGAUAUGGACUGGGAGACAAUUGUGAAAUCUUGCCAAAAUACGUAUGAUGCAGAAGAAUACACACCUACAUCAUCGAUAACCACCCCGCCUUCACCCAGUGUAGAUUCUUUUGAUGAACAGGAAAAACACUGGUUGUCGCAGAGUACUAGCAUAAAAACUGGUCUCUUCAACGGCACAGUAUUUCAACGUCGUCGGGUCCAAUUGAAAGAUGCACUUCCAGAAAGCCUCGACCCAUACCAAAGGCGGCUCAACAAAAAUCGGACAGUAUACGACAAGGAUAUCGAUUAUUAUGUCGACAAAGAGUCGACUUUGUGUCGGGAUGGCGAAGCUGUGCCUACGCUGACAAAAGGCAAAACUUCAAAGCUUAAGGUGGUCGGAGGAAUCGGGUUUCAGCACUUCAAGUUCUCGACUUGCAUCGACUGUGUUGACUUGGAUGCAAUCAAGUCAAUAGGCGACAAUAUUCCCGAAUUCGAAGCAAUAGGGUACGAAUCGCCACGACACUUCCAGUACAUCACAUGCGAAGUUUGCUUGAAAAAGUCACAUGAGAGAGAACAGAAACGAACCAUGACUCGCACUGACAGUCAACAUCUGCGAAACGUCAAACGGGUUUGCCGGUUUGGUUUUGAGUACUAA